AUGACUACCGUUCAAGCUCGUGACAACUCCCAAGUUUUUGGUGUUGCUAGAAUCUUUGCUUCUUUCAACGAUACUUUCGUCCAUGUUACCGAUCUUUCUGGUAAGGAAACCAUCGCCAGAGUUACUGGUGGUAUGAAGGUCAAGGCUGACAGAGAUGAAUCUUCUCCAUACGCUGCUAUGUUGGCUGCUCAAGAUGUCGCUGCUAAGUGUAAGGAAGUUGGUAUCACUGCCGUCCAUGUUAAGAUUAGAGCCACUGGUGGUACUAGAACCAAGACCCCAGGUCCAGGUGGUCAAGCUGCUCUAAGAGCUCUAGCCAGAUCUGGUCUAAGAAUUGGUAGAAUUGAAGAUGUUACUCCAGUUCCAUCUGAUUCUACCAGAAAGAAGGGUGGUAGAAGAGGUAGAAGAUUAUGA